CUCGCCAUGUGUAAUGGAAGUAUUCAUAACAGCUAAUGGAUUCGACUGAACUAGGAGGGGCAGUCAUGAAUCAAAGUAUAGGCCAAUUUCCCCGCUCGUUGCUCCAGCAGGACACAGAUGAUCAUCGAGUUUUCGAGGAUGGAUCCGUAAUAAAGAGUCAUACCGAGGCCCAAGACGAAGUGGAAGGUAUGAUGUAUCGGGUCGAAGACAGACCCUCAAUCUUAAUGGCGGUUAUUUUUGGAUUCCAGCAAAUCAUGGUGUCUAUUAAUGUUUGUGUUGGCCUGCCCUUGCUCAUAGCCCCUUUCAUUUGUGCCGGGGAUCUGAACCUUGUAAAAGCCGAACUCGUCUCCACAUUCCUCGUCACAAGCGGGAUUGCCACAUUUCUCCAGACAACCAUCGGCGUGAGGCUUCCUAUAUUGCAGGGUGGAAACUAUCUCAUCCUCCCAGCCAUUGUAGGAACAUUAUCAGUUGACCAUAUGAGAUGCCCAGAUCUCGCCCGUGGUAAUGAAUCAAUUCUGUCGAAUCAUUCACUCUUCAACUCCACAUUGAAUGCAACUCGUCUUAACGAAACAAACAUAGAUCGAACAGAAGUUUGGCAGAUUCGAAUGAGAGAGCUCCAAGGUGCAAUGAUCAUGGCGUCCCUCGCACAGUUUCUUCUUGGUGCAUCUGGCAUUCUCAACACACUGCUGCGGUUUAUCGGGCCCAUCACGGUAACGCCAGUUAUCAUGCUUAUUGGUCUAUCACUCUUUAAAUAUGGCACGGACUUGAUGCAGAAAUAUUGGGCAAUAGGAGCAAUGACUACUGCUCUACUGGUCACCUUCUCCACAUUCAUGCGUGAACUCAAAACUCCCGUGGUUAGCUGGUCCAAAAAGAGACGUUUUCAUGUUGUCUGGAUACCCUCAUUUAAACUAUUCCCUAUUCUCCUGAGCCUGCUGAUUUCGUGGAUAGUGUGUUGGAUCAUGACCGCCACUGGUUCAAUCACGGAUGACCCGAGUGAUCCUGCCUACACGACAAGGACUGAUGCAUCUCUUGACGGGUUGUACCAGGCAAAGUGGUUCUUUGUACCAUACCCAGGUCAGUGGGGUCUACCCACCGUGAGUGCGACAGGCUUCCUCUUUAUGUUCAUGAUCUUCAUCGCCUCGAUGAUCGAGUCGGUCGGUGACUACUAUGCCUGUGCCAGAAUCUGUGAGGAGGCACCACCACCCCUGCAUGCGAUCAACCGGGGACUGGCCAUGGAGGGUUUUGUAUGUCUAUUAGCUGGCUUGUACGGCUCAGGCGCUGCACUGACAUCCUACAGCAGCAAUAUCGGCGCCAUUGCGAUAACAAAGGUGGGAAGUCGACUGUGCUUUCAAAUAGGCGGACUGAUAUUCGUCCUGUGUGGAGUGAUAGGUAAACUCGGUGCCGCAUUGGCCAUGCUACCUGAACCUGUUCUCGGUGCUCUAAUAUUCACUCAGUUAGCUUUCAUCGUGGGGGCGGGGAUGUCCAAUCUAAGUCACGUGGAUCUCAACUCCAGCAGAAAUCUGUCUAUUUUAGGAUUUUCGUUGACACUCGGUCUGGCGAUACCGUCAUGGCUUAGCCAUGGAAACUCGUUCGAAACUGGCAAUGACCAAGCUGAUUUGUUUCUCAAUGCCUGGCUGUCGAACGCCCUCUUUAUCGGAGGCAUGACAGCGGGUUUCCUUGACAACCUCGUUCCAGGCACUCUUCGAGAACGCGGUAUGUUGAACUUCGCAGGUGGCACUGACGAAGAAUUUCACGUCAAAGGAAGCUCACGAAUCUACGAUCUUCCCUAUAUCAUGCCUUGGGUCAGAAGCGUAAAUUUCUUCAGAUACGUUCCGUUCAUGCCGACCUUUGACCCAGAAACCUUGACGCCUUUCAAAAAAUGUCGAAAGAGGAAGGGCGGUAAGAAGUGAGGCCACAAUGGUAGUUGAUAAAGUAUGGAAUUAGUGAAACCUUGGAAACACUGAUAAACCUUGUAAUAUUCAAUGUAAACCAUGGAAUCACUGUGCAAAUAGCGCGGGAAAUCGGGUGCGUUCCUUCCACGAUUUAUACCCUCCCAACUGACAGUCUCGUCCCAGCUGACUUUAUUGAUAGCAAUUUGCCAGUUAGUUCAGAAGCCAACAUUUUUAAUGUGGAGGAUGACGUCAUCAAUUGGCAAUGCGCUGUGGUCGUUAAAAUAUUUUAUUUCUCUUCAAUGGAAGCAAAAAUUAGUUUUUAUGAUUGUUUUGUAUUCCAUAGACGAUAAAGUAUUAUGCUCGGUACUAGAUGCACGAGAUCAUAGGACAAACACACACGUGAAUAAAAAAAACCGCUUAGAACUGGUGACGUCACAAAGAUCUCUGCAUCCCUCGAUGCGUACUGGAAGAUGUAAGAAAUCGCUCACGGCGAAGGAAAUUUUCAUCCGCAAACUUCGGUAAUAAUAUAUAUAAACAUACAUGACUAGGCUUCUUUUAUUCAUCGUUUGUUAUAAAAUAUCAGUCAAUCAUAGACAAUUAGGCCCAGACAUAGUCGUCAACCUUAUCCAUGCAUAAUGCAUGACAGGCCCCCAACUUCCCAAGCAACUCGUCUGAUCGAAAAGGCCCCGCGUGGUGGUGGCGUAUUUAUAAGCGGAGCGCUAUUGGUCCAUAUUAUGGGUGUGUGGUGGGCGUGUCUUCCCAUAUUUGGGAGAUCAGUACUGUACACUGGAGGCGAGGAACAACUGGGUUGUUUUAAAAUAUAGACUAUUGAAUCGGAUAUGCGACAGAUUUCUAAAUUACCAUAAAAUUCCGAUCUGAUCAUGUAAGAAUAAGCUCCAAAUGUUGAUUCGUAACCACGUUAGGUUCGAAUGGCAUUAUUUCAUGUUUUUAUGCAUUUUAAGGAGUGUUUCCAAGGUUUAUCAGUGUUUCCAAGGUUUCACUAAUUCCAUACUUUAUCACCUACCGGCCACAAUGGUUUUGCGAAAGUCGUGAGAGCUCCUGGAGGGGCAAACCUGGCCGAUGUUUCUGACGUGUAGGUCUAUACGCUACAAGGACGGCGAUUAUCAGUCAAACGUGAGGAAACCUAAUAUGUGGCUCAAACAGUAAUGUAAUGUAUUCACAAAUGUAUCUAAUGUGUCUUAGUCAUCAACGGCCAUGUGCACCGUUAUGUGUACAAAUUCAAAUACACUAUCGACGAUUAUCACUGCUAUAAUGGAAGUAGAGGUGAACUAGUUUGAAAUGCAACUCCUCCGUCAGUUUAGAUCGGAUGAUUAAAAAACUCCUCCUCAGAGUCGGGAUUCAUACAGAGCCGGUGUAAUGUUUUUGAGUGUUUCUGUUUUUGAGUGUUUCUGUUUUUGAGUGUUUCCCCUCAUUGUUUCGGAACGCUCAAAAAUAGAUUGACAAUUUUGUUUCUGCCUAUUGUUUGGAAACACUGACACAUGGGAAACAACCACAGAUCUUACACCGGUGUAACAUCUGUGGUUGUUCCCCAUGUUUCAGUGUUUCCAAACAAUAGGCAGCUAGAGAGACCAUGACUU